AUUCUUCCUAUUUCAAAGCCGGGAGUCUUUCCUUCGGCAGUCUGCGAUGCUGGAUGGGAAAUGUAGUCUCCGUCCUCGGCAGAAAACGGGGAACGGGUUUGAAUGGACUAUAACUCCCAGAGGCGACCGUGGCAAGGAGGGCGGAGAAUAGGUGGAUCGCCUGAGGACGCACUUGUCUUGUGACAAAUUGAGGUGACGGGGUGAGUGGAGCUGCUAGGGCUGAGGACCCUCUUUCUGUUGCAGAUAUGGCCUAUAUUAAAAGUGGAUGGCUACUUCGGCAAAGUACUAUUUUAAAGCGAUGGAAGAACAACUGGUUCGACCUGUGGUCCAAUGGUCAGCUCGUCUAUUAUGACAAUCAGAUGCGAGAAGACAUGGAAGAUAAGAUUGCCUUAAAAAUGGAUUGUAUUAACAUCCGAUCUGGAUCUGAGUGUAGAGACUUCCAUCCUCCGGAUGGAAAGCCUCGAGAUUGUUUACUGCAGAUUCAGUGCAGGGAUGAGAGGACGAUCAAUCUCUGUGCAGAAAGUGCUGAUGACUGCCUGGCAUGGAAACUCGCACUUCGAGAGGCAUGGACAAACUCGAGCCUUGCUCCUGAAGUUGUCUUGGAUGAUGGCAAUUAUGCCUCUACUCCCCCACCUUACACGAGUUACCCUACAGCACCAGCACAGGUUUACAGUUACGAUUCAUAUAGUGGCACUUAUGCUGCUCAGCCGCCUCCCACUUCACAAGUUGUCUACACAUCCAAUGGACAGCCUUAUGCAGUGGCCUAUCAGUAUCCCUACAAUGGUCCUUACCCACCACCGACCAAUCAUGUGAUUAUUGAAGACCGGCGGCACGAUGAUGGUGACCUUGCACUGGGCAUGGUGGCAGGUGCUGCCACUGGCAUGGCAUUGGGCUCACUAUUCUGGGCCUUCUAGAACUCUGGGGAGCUGAGAGCUCAUUUGCUGUUCACAUUGCCUUCACUUUCCUGGUAGAGUCUCUCCAUGCAGUUUCCACCUUACACCUCAAGUCCGUAACAUCUACUGUACUCAUAUAAUUGAUCUGUUACUCCAUAACACUUUAAUCUUAUUAAAGCAAAUUCUGAAAUCUUGAGUGACCUAUCUGAGCAAAAUCAAGUACUCUACUUAUAUCUAUAUAGAGCAAGAUUAAAAUUAACUUAUUUCAAGAAAGCCAUGACUAAAAGUAUCAUGUGUUUCUUAAAUUCUAGUUUUAUAACUUCAAAAAUUGUUCUGAACGUGAAUGUGAGAUGAGGGAGUUGGAGUGGAUUUUGCACACUGUUGUGGGUUGGAACUCCCUUUUGAGGCUGAUUUUUGUGUUCAGUCCAGGAUAUUAAGAUGAGAGUUGUUUUUGGAUAUCAUCUCCUGCCCUUUUGACGUGGGAUGUAUUGUAGCACAAAUUGAGCUGAAUCUGGGUCUUUCGUAUCAAGUGAAUGAGUUAGCCUAUUGCCUAUGUCACGCCCAGGUGUGACAUGCAAAACAUUUGAUGCUUGGUGGGAGAAUGUAUUUUCAAGAUAUAUUAUCCAUCUGUUUCGCAACCAGUUAACAAGGGUACUUUGCUAUUGAAUUGAGAAGUUAUGGUCACGGUUGCAACUUGGAUUUCCAAUGUCAUUUGGCUUUUUGUCUCAAAAUCACUUUUGGGUUAAGGUUGAUCCCUAUGUUGGAAAAAUUACUCUGGUCACCAAAUUUAGAUGAUUUUCAUUAGUUGCUAACAAUGGGGUAGAGACCAGUAAAUUGCACUCCAACUGUACAUACAUUUGAUCAGCCAAAGUACAGGAAUGUGAGAGGUAAAAUAUGCAAGGUGUCCACAUGCUUAUUAAAUGCUGCUUCCUAUCCUGAAGUAAUUUGUUGUUUUACCCGAGGAAAGCCAAGAGUGAGGCAUGAGCAGCCAGUCUGAUGAAAGCCAUCUCUACUAUUCCCGAACACUCUUCCUUUUGUACCUGAUUGAAUGUUUGUGUCCGUUGAAGCCAAGCAUUUCUCAAUGAAUGAAGAUGAUGUCAUCUGCUUACACUUUUUUUUUCUUUUCGCAAAUAGAGCUUAAUGACUUGUACUCUUACCCACCACAGUUGAGGAUGCAAAAACAGAAACGAGAGUGUUCUCUGCACAAAUAUCCGAUUUGCUCCUGACCUGUUGACUAGUCUUUUCUGUUCAAGGAUCCUGUGUCUGACCACUUUAGUCCUAUCUUGUGUCCUCUGGCUUCAUUUUCCUGGCUUAGUUCAAAAUGUUGUGCUUAUGCAACCUGUCCUGUUACAAGUUUGAGAAUUGAGAUGAACCAGCUGGCAAAGUAUGGAGUUCAUACUUUCUAAAUCUUUCCUCAGAAUUUUAUACACUGGAUCAUUCUUGCUGAUUCUUCUUAUAUUCUUUUUGUUUUCCAGUGCAUGUUGGUUUGCUCUUGUGCCAUUAUCACCAAAUCAGAGGCCAAUGCCUGACAAGAGCAGCAUCAGGCCUCUGUAUCACUUGUGUCUUGUUUACAUUCUCCAUCCCAGUGUUUAAUUGGCUUUACGUUUUUAGUUCAGUCCAUUGCCUCAACUGAGAAAGUGACUUCAAAAAAACUUGCCCCGGCAUCUGUCGGUUUUCAUCCAUUUCUGGAUGCUUAAAAUGCACAUCAUUUGAAAUUAAUAUAAUUUGUAUCCACUCAAACUAAAUUUCAGCUACCAUUUGCCAGUUUAACUGCAUGAUGCUUCACUUGUUUGAAUAGAGCGAUUUCACAAAUGAACUCCCAAUUAAUCUCUCUCCUUUCCAGUUCUGCAGUUUCCGUCUCUGUCAAACUGAAACUUUGUAGUUGUCUAUUUACCUAUCGCUUUAAUUGCUUCAGACUACAAAGGUGGUACAGCCUUUUUGAAGUCUGAAAUUAUAUUUGUCUUAUUUUUCAACUUCCUAUUUUGUACUCUCUAUGCUUAAUUUGAUUCUUUAAAAGCCAUGCUAUAUGAAUUCUUCGUGUGUGUGUAUAAAUUAUAGUUACAAAAUGAUGUCUCUGUUCUUGUCUAUCCAGUCCUCUUCCAAUAUUCUGGCCAAACCACUGUCAUCAAACAUGCAUACUUUGUGUUUUUGACUUGAACCUGACUUGAUGAUUUGUAUUUAACUUGGCCUUGAAGGUAAUGAGACAGUAAAUUCAGAAGCAACAUAGUGGAAAUCAAUGGUAUUGAAAGAUGCGAGAUCUAGACACAACCAAACUGUGAAUUUAGUGAAGAUUGACUGAGAAUGGGCACGCAUUCAUUUCGUAAUUAUGGCAGGGUACAAGAUUCUGAAAGGAACUGUUGAAUUGCUUUACCUGUUUCAACUAUUGGAUAUACGUGCUCAGAACAGUGUUGUUGAUGGAGAAGCUUGCACUUUAUUACUUGUGAUGGAGCAUGUAACUUUCAGUUUCUAAGCCUUGAUCUUCAAUCCCAUGUAGUUUGAGAUGGCUUUUAAAGAAUCCAACAUAAUAGUCUUCACACGAGCUCUGCAAAGCUAGUAUUCCCCUUCUCACCCCUGUCCCAGUGAAUAAUUUAGUAACCUGUAUCCCGCUGUGCACCGUGCUACCUCUUUGGGGUAAUCAGAUGCUUGAGCAGAAGUUAGCAGAGUGUUGUUAAAAAUUGACUGUGGGCAAAGCACUUCAGCAAAAUACUAAACGAAAAAAUUGCUUGGAUUUCAACUCGUGUUCCAGGUUUUGACUGAACUUUAAACUGCUUCUGGCUAAUCUGGUGUGCCUUUUUUUUAAAAAAAGCUCUGAAAUCAGUUUUUUUAAGUGCAAGCUGUUACAAUGAAUCAUUUAUCCGUACUAGCCUGAAAAUGCCAACUAGUUAGUAGACCAACGGAAGUUUUGAAUUUUACCUUUCAAACACAGUGCUUUUGUAGCUCAUCUACCUGAGAGAACAUCCCAGUGCCCCCCCCGCCCCAGGUUGUUUGUCUGCCAUCGGAAGCUGUGGAGUGAUAGCUAAGUGUAUUGAUCCAAUCUUUUUCCCCUUCACGCAGGAAGCAGGGAGAAAUUGGUACCAGUCACUCAAGGAGUUUUGAAUUGGGCUACCCAUAGUUUUGGUUAGUCUGGUGCGUUUGGGGAAGAUCUAGGGAGGUUCCUUUACAGGCUGAAACACCCUCCAGCUUAAAUGUACUUUUCCCUUGAUACAGAAUAAUGUUGAAUGACUCCCAUUUGUUUUCUUAACACUGAUUUUUUUUUUUAUCACUGAAGCGAAACAAUUCCUUGGCUUAUCCCAAAAUUAAUUUCGAGGCAAAUAUGUAACACUCCCAAGUGCCUCAUGCCAUUAGGCUAUUGAAUGGUAGAGAAUUCCCUGAUUGGUGUGAACGAGUUGUGAUCCUGAAGGGAAUCCAUGGUGUUGCACCCUUCAGCCUGUAUAGGGCUAUGAAGGAUAUCUCUGCUUAUCGGGUUUAUCACCUGCUGGAUCUUGAGCUUACCUUGUGCUGUAAGCUGACGCCUUCAAUGAGGAAUAGACAAUGUCCAUCUCCCUUGUGUUGUCUUUUUUUUAACACUAAAUUCUGCUUGCCUGUCUUCCUUGGGCCUUAUUUUGUAUCUGAUCCUCUCAAACAGGAAAGCUUUUUCGGAUGCAUAAUAACUGGGGAGAAUGGAAGGUGGAUUAAUGGGGGUUUUUUUUUUUGCCCACAAGAACCGAGCAGUUGAGUAGAAGCAGUGUUUUUUUUGGGGUGAGAGGGUGUGCAAAGUGUCCAUAUAUUGCUCACGGUCUGAUGUUCUUCUUCCAGUCAGCUUUUUUGUCAAUUAGAGGCUGCUUAGGGUUUUGUUGUGUGUUUUUUUUUUAGUGAUUUCCUGAUUAAUCAUAAAUUCUGUUUAUAUGUCACCCUAAAUUUUAACUAAUAGAGUAACUGAAUUAUCUAGCGUGCUUUUGUAGUCUUCAGUAAGCUAAUGACACUGACCAAUCAGAGCAGCUUUUUACCCAGUUAAAAAUAAAAUCUCAGCACUGAAAGGACAGACCUUGAGGGUGAAAGAAAAAUGGCUGAAGCAUUGAGUUGUAAGCACUAAAUUGUUGACUUGAGCAAGUAGGGUAGACCAGAGAAUGUAAGCAGAAGAGAAUGCAGUGGGAAGGUGAGGCAAGCACUGAAAGUUGAUGUAGAUUCUUGUUUUGAAAGUGAUAUAAUGAAGUAACACUGAGUACGAUUCAGUGGUUGAAAAGAAGUGUGUGGAUUUGGCAGGCAUGAAUAUUUUGUGUCCCUCUUGAAUGCUCGCUGCAGUCUUCUACACUUUUAUUUUCUCUCAUGCCUCCUCGCUCUGGAUCCGAGUCUCUCAUGUUUUUGCACUAAUUGUUGGAGAUGCAUCCUUUGCUGUGAUAUUUGUGCAAUGUGUGUGUGUGUGUGUGUGUGUGUGUGUGUGUGUGUGUGCAGAUGUUGCCUUUUAAUACUUUUUGAUUAUUAUGAUUAAUGAUCAGCGCCAAAAUGCUUCUAGAAAUAUUCUGUCAGUAGCAGUUGGGGGUAGGUUGUAUUUCUGUGAUCAGUGUUGCUGAUUAUCACCUAAAAUUUUUUUGUUUCUGUGGAAUGAAAUUGUGUAUUUAAAUAAACUGAUUUAAUUGUA